CUACAUGAGCCGCUGCAUCCUCAACGUCGUCAUGCCAGACUCCAACGCCGACUCGCUAACCGAACUCUGACCCACAAGGGCGGUACUCUGACAUUGAACAAUCAGACACACAAACCCACACAGGCCAUAGACACGUCAUGACACGUGCCGCUUUGGCUCACCCAUAUGCGGCCCGCUAUUUGGCCCUGAAUGGUCUUGCGUGUGAUGUAGACGCCCGUGGCGGCUAGCAGACGGACAUCGCACGCGGCCAAGUCGAUGUCACACAGCGACAAGAACUGCAGACUCAGAACCAAAGACAGACAGGGAAAGUCGUUCGAUAGCUGGAGGUGUCUGUGUGUGACUGGCUGCCCGACUGACCAUGAGGUAUUUGGCGAAUGAGAACAGGCGGCCGUGGGUGUCCAUGCCGGCAGCAGUGAACAGCCCAUCCAGACACUCAAUGCCGCACACAGAAAUAUCAACCGCCACACGCUUCAUCACCUGCACACACAGAGUGAAACGGACAGACAGGUCGGUGUGCACAAGUGUGCGUCGUGUGCGUGUCUGUGUCUAUGUAUCAGUACCUUUGCCUGUGUGUGGGGGGGGUCAUCCGGUAUGUCGUCCAU